GCCCAGUCAGGCCGACCGGAUUUGUGGCAACAAACGCUGCAGCACAGACGGAGUCGGAGAGGAAAUCUGGCGACAGUGGACAGCCGGCGUUGGUCCCGGGUGCGUGCGACGCUGUGCAGACACGGAGACGGCCCACCGGCGCUCGCGCGGCUGACUGGAGACUGACUGUGGGGAGUGCUUCGAUCGGACAGCUUCAGCCAGUGUACUAAAACGGCCUCUGAUGCGGCUUGAAUACACCGGGUAAAAUCUCCAGGACAGCAGGCACAGGCUGGUCCCUCUGAGACGAGCUCCCUCUGGGCGCUCGGCCGGCGUCCAGGAUGGGUCUGAAGACGUGCUGCUGCUGCAUCCCGCUGCGGACGGGCGCCCUGUGCGUGGCCGUGCUGUACCUGGUGGUGAACAUCUGCACCGUGGUCGGCUGGUCCGUCUUCACCAUCCUGUCCCUGCUCUUCACCACGCCGGCCGACUACCUCGACCACCCGCAGUACUACAAGAGGAAGAACAUGAUCUGGCUGUUCGUGCUGCUCGGCCUGCUCGUCAUCUGCUCGCUCAACAUCACAAUGGACAGCCUCCUCGUGCACGGCAUCCGCAAGGGCAAGCGCAAGUUCAUGCUGCCCUGGGUGGUGUGGUACUGCAUCUUCACGGUGCUGGCCACGCUCGCCUGGCUCGGCCUGGUCGUCUGGCUGGUGAUGCUGGUGCUGAACGAGGACGGUGAGUUCCUCAAGCUGCUCAUCUUCUUCCUGAGCGUCAGCGUGGCCGUCGGCCUGGUGGUGUUCGUCGUCAUGUGGUUCUGGUACGCCUGCGUCGUGUCCUACUACAGUGCCAUCGCCAACAGCGACCACUACGCCAUGGAGCCACCCGUGGUGGUCUCCGCGCGCAGGAAGCGAGAGACGGUGCCGUUCUCGAUCUGAACAGACCCGUGACGACAGAGGAUCAGUGAGUGCGGAUGCACCAAACCAUCUUAUAGAAAUCUAGCCAGGGUGAUAAACUGGAGCCAUGCAUGUCGAUAAACCACACGGCUUUGAUGUGAUCACUUUUUCAUUUUUGGCAGUUUCAACAUCCCAUGAAAAGGCGUGAUCGCCUACAAUAUUCUUCAAGAUAAUCGCCUAUAAGACUCAGCUAGCCACAAGCCAUUCUGAGUGGACAAACUAUGUGGAGACUGCGCAGAAUAUGCGGGCAAACCUUGCAGACCGUGCGAACCGUGUGACAGUUCGAGGAAACAAUGACUUGUCCACAUAGACCAGGGAGUGCAGGAGUGCUAUGCUAUCUAAGCCGGUGAAGCUGUGCACGACGGUAAGGUCAUAUCAUUCAAUGGAAGUCCGACCAUGGUGCGAUUUUGGAGUGGCUGUGCAACGUUGUUCUAGGUCACCGUGCUCGUGGUUUAUUACCACUUGGUUUAUUGUGUUGUAGGUAUUUAAGCCCACUCUGCGGGGGUUCAAGCCGAACAAUCAUAAUAAGGAAGUGGCUUUCGCAAGCCUCAAUAUCAAAGGCAGCAAGUGUGGAUUCAGGAUCCAGACAUUCGAUGAGAUAAGUAGACAGCAUGAGUAGGUAACCUAAACAAGAGCUUUGAAUGCCUUACGUCAUCAAUGGUAUCAACCAAAGUGUUUGCAUCCGUGGAGUCAGGGGUCAAAUUCAUGUUGACGGGAACACAGUGUCUGAAGCGGAUCACAAGACCGAUGACACUAUGAGUAUAACGACGCCCGUCUCCACUUUCGCUCGCUUUCCUUGCGAGCCCUGCCCAGCACCGUUUCAGGGCUGACAACUUGUGGACAAUCGUUAGCUCAUAAGACAGAAGGCACAGCGCAACGACGAAACGACCUUACGGACAACGACGAACAGUGACAGCGACGGCCCUCUUGACGAUGUGCACAUUGCAAAUGGUGCAGUGCGGGAUGAGGGUGAAUUUGUAAAUGAAACAUGCUUAUACUAUUUUUGUGCAUUCUAUAUGCAUUCGUGAUAUAUUGUGCCUACAUGUGUACAGAUGUGUGAGCAUAUUGCAUGGUACUCUAACGCAGGUGACAAGCAGCUUUAAUAGGUGCAUUUCAUGCAAAUACAUAUGCAUAGUGCA